UUUUGGUUCUGGUAGUGAGCGGAGAGAGUUAGAUUUCACAGUCUUAUGACUUCGCAUUAUUAUUUAUCCUCCCAGCAAUAGCCUCUGACACACCGCCUGUCGUUCUGACAACACAAACGGUUCGUCAGAAGGCCCGUUAUCAGCUGUUCUUUAAAAGGGGGAGUGCCUGUAUUUGCACCUUUAGCUUGUGAGCUAACGUCAGCAGCAUCAGGUUGACCCAUGUCCUCUGAGGAAGCUCUCAGCUCCACACUCUCACACUGGCUGCCCUUUAACUCCUGGUGGCUGCUCCUGCCCUUCGUCAUGCUCCUGGUGAUGGCUGCUUUCAUCGUGGCCUUCGUGCUGCUGUUGUACAUGAUAUCGCCGUUAAUAAGCCCCAAACCCCUCAAACUCAACGGGGCCCAUGUGGUGGUGACUGGAGGCAGCAGUGGGAUUGGGAAGUUUAUUGCCAUGGAAUGCUACAAACAUGGUGCCUUCAUUACUCUGGUGGCUCGAGAUGAGCAAAAACUGGUUCAAGCAAAGAAAGAGGUGGAGAAAUGUGCCAUAAACGAUAAGCAGGUGGUACUGUGCAUUUCAGUUGAUGUGUCAAAGGACUACAGUCAAGUUGAAAGUGUCAUAAAGCAAGCUCAGGAGAAGUUGGGUCCAGUAGACAUGCUGGUGAACUGUGCCGGGAUGUCAAUAUCCAAGAAGUUUGAGGAAGUGGAAGUAGACUGCUUCAAGAGACUGAUGGAGGUGAACUAUCUGGGCAGCGUUUACCCCACACGGGCUGUCAUCACUACUAUGAAAGAAAGGCGUAUGGGCCGCAUCAUGUUUGUGUCGUCACAGGCGGGGCAGAUCGGUCUCUUCGGCUACACGGCCUACUCACCGUCCAAAUUUGCACUGAGGGGUCUGGCUGAGGCCUUGCAGAUGGAGAUGAAGCCAUAUAAUAUCUAUGUGACUGUGGCGUAUCCUCCGGACACAGACACGCCAGGUUUUGCAGAGGAGAAUAAGACCAAGCCUCUGGAGACCAGGUUAAUUUCAGAGACGUCUGGAGUCUGUCAGCCUGAGCAAGUGGCAAAAAUUGUGGUUAAGGAUGCCUUGCAAGGAAAUUUCACCAGCUCAUUUGGUCCUGAUGGAUACAUGCUGUCAGCGCUCACCUGUGGGAUGUCACCGGUCACCUCCAUCACUGAGGGGCUGCAGCAGAUUGUGACCAUGGGGCUGUUCCGCACCAUCGCUCUCUUCUACCUGGGCAGCUUCGACAGUAUCGUCCGCCGCUGCAUGAUCCAGAGGGAACAAUCCAAAGCAGCUGACAAGAGGGAUUAGCUCCAGUAUCCCCACCACUUUCCAACUCCAUCACCACUACAUUCCCCAUACACUCUCACUCACAACCCAACCUGGCAGACAUAUUGGGUAAUGGAGGUCCACACUGAAAAAAGUAGAGUUUGUUGUCUGUGUGUUAGUUCCAGCUUUUCCCUGUGUCUCUUUCAGGGUCCCAACCAUUCCAGUUUGAUUGAAAGUUCUGGGCAUGCUGCAUCAGUAUUUGGAGGUCUUUUGUAAUAGAGAAAAAAAAAUUGUAAUUCCAUUUAAUUGUUUGCUCUUUGGCCUGAAACGGCUGAGCGGUCACUGCCUCUAGUGAAUUCCUUUGUUUCAGAGGGUUUGUGGUUGUUCGUCUUCAAUGUGUCCCAGUUCUUGCAUGCUUGAAUGCAGAAUGAAAAUAAUUAGCAUUUUCUGGCCUUCUGAGUUCUUGUUCUAAGCUGUUUCCAUAAAACUGUUUCUAGAGAUUGACCGAUGUUGUUUUGACCUUCAUGACUGAUAAUUCGAUAUAAAUUCUGCUUAUGCAUUAUGAAUAUUGUUAUUUUUCAUAAUGAUAAUUAAUAAAAAUAGUUUUUAUUGGUAGACCAGAUAUUAAAGAACUGAUAAAUGAUCUACAAUUACCUAGAAAAGUUUCAAUGUACCCAAAAAUCUGUUUAUGGUAUUUAUCGUAGACCCGAUAUGAAAGAACUGAUUAAUUAAGCAAGAUUAUGUAGAAAAGUGUGAAUGUCCAAAAGCUAUAUCCGUGUUAAAAAGGAACACCAUUGCAGAUUUGGCUUUUUAACACUAUAAUAACUAAAUCACUAAACUACAACAAUAAAACAUGUGCAUUAUGAAAAUAGUUAUGGGAUUUAUCGGUAAAGCUGAUAUUGAAGAACCGAUAAAUGAAAUAGAAAUUACAUGGAAAAGUGUCAACUUCCAAAAGAAAUAUCGGUGUUAAAAUCCAGCACUGUUGCUGAUUUUGCUUUUUAAGACCAUGAACACUAAAUCACUACACUACAACAAUUAAAAACAAUCAGCAUAAUUAAUAUAGUAAUAGUAUUUAUCGAAAGAUCCAAUAUUAAAGAACUGAUCAAUUAAAAAGAAUUGCGUUGAAAGGUGCCAUUUAAACAUAUUUUGUGAAAAUGCAACCGUUACAGAUUUGGCUUUUUAACACAAUAAAUUAUCACUAAACUACAACAAUAAAAACAUAUGCAUUAUGAAUAUAGUAAUAAUAUUUCUGGGUAGACAUGAUAUUAUAAUGGAAAAGUGUCAACUUCCAAAAUAAAUAUUGAUGUUAAAAUGCAGCACCGAUACAGAUUUUUCCUUUUAACAUAAUGAUAGCUAAUUCACUCAACUAAAAAGAGAAAAAAAAGAUGCAUUAUGAAUAUACAGUAGUAAUGGUAUUUAUCAGCAGACACUAUUAAAAAAAACAAUAAAUAGAAUUACGUAGAAAAGUGCCAUGUUGGUAUUAAAAAUAAAUAAAUAUUGAUGUUAAAACAAAGUACCAUUGGAGAUUUCGCUUUUUCUAAAUCACUAAACUACAAAAAUAAGAAAUAUGCAUUAUGAAUUUAGUAAUGGUGUUUAGCUGUAGACCCUAUAUUAAAGAACUGAUAAAAAAAAUAAUGGAAUUUGGUAGAAAAGUACCAUUUAAAAAUAAAUAAAUAAACAUUAAAUUUGCAACACAGUUACAGAUUUGGCUUUUUAAUACAAUAAUAAUGAAUCACUAAACCACAACAAUAAAAACAUAUGCAUUGUGAAUAUAGUAAUAAUAUUUAUGGGUAGACAUGAUAUUAUAAUGGAAAAGUGUCAAAAAAUAUCAAUCAAUAUUAAUAAAUUAAUGGUUUUUAUCUGUAUUAUUAAAGUACAGAUCAAUUAAAUAGAGUUAAGUAGAAAAGUGGCAAAGUCUGAAAAACAUAUUGUGUUGCUGAUUCUACAUUUUAACACAGUACUAAUAAUUCACUAAAUUACAACAAUAAAAACACACAAACUCUAUAUUAAGUAACCAAUAAAUAAACAAUUAAGUAGAAAAACUUUGAGGUCAGUAAAAUAACCGGAAAACCAAUUUUUGAUCUCUAUUUCAUUACUUCCUUAUUCAACUUGCAUUCCUCUAUAAAUACAGUGUUACCAUCGGUAAAGAGCUCCAGCUUCCUUUCAUAUACCUUGCGAUCUUUAUGCUUACUCAACAGCUGUCCAAUGUUCUUCUGGCUGGUCCAUGAUGUUCCUCUGUGUUCUUCGUGUAAAGCAAUGUAUCUUCCUGCUUUUAGAUUUAAUCGUUGUAAGGUAAACACACAGGACUUCUGUGUUGUCCGAUGAAACACCCUGAGUCUGCCACUCUGCCUUAUCCUUUUUGCUCUGUGUGGGAGGUCAUGAAGGAAAUGUUUACCUUUUGUGUAAAUCUGCGUGCGUGUAUAUAGAUAUGUCUGCUUGUACGCUUGUGUUUUGGUGACCUCAGGGCCUUCUAAGGGUUUAAUGAACUGAAGGAUGGGUCAGGCAGGAUAAGCCAUUGAGGUGACAGCUUGCUGGUUCAAGUCACCGCACCUUUUUGCCAGCAGGUGAAACUGUCGAUCCAAAUGGAUCAGGUGUAGCGAGAGCAAAACUCAAAAUAACGUCACAUUAGUAGAGCUGAUCUAGAAUCAGAAUAAUUGUAUUUACCUACAAAGAGCAAAAGCUGAACAGAUAUCAGCAGUCUUAGUCCAGAAAUUAAAUUGAAUUUAACAGUUCGUGAAUAGACGUAUCAAGCGUACAUUUUAAUGUUCACACAGGCAUUUCAAAAACUGUAGAUGUUGUGAAGCUUGAUCUGAUUGUUAACACAAAACAAGCAAUAUGGCUCCCACAAGAGAAGUGAAUCUCCUUAUGCUCUGCUCUGUUGUGACGUAAAAUUUACAUUAUUGUGUUUUCUGGUUAAUGCCUUUCAAACGUCCCCUUGUUCUGACUUCACCUGCUAUGUCAUAUUAACAACAAACUAGAGCUAGAGAGAAAAUGACACUCGCACUAUUGUUAUAUUUGCCUUGUUCACGGUCACAAGAAAUGGGAGCAUGUGAUAAUGUCACACCCUACAGUAAAAAAAAGCUGAUGUUUAUGUGCACAAAGCGGUCAAGUUAAAAGGAAAGUUCACCCAUAAAAAUUUACUCACCAACACUCAUGUUGUUCUAAACCUGUAAAACUUUCUUCCUUCGAAUACAAGUGGAUUUUUUGAUGAAUAUACUGCAUAGCUACUCUUGUUGAUAAGGUUAAAGGGACAGUUCACCCAAAAAUGAAAAUUCUCUCAUUUACUCACCCUCAUGCCAUCCCAGAUGUGUAUGACUUUUUUUUUCUUCUGCUGAACACAAAGAUAUUUAGUAGGUCCAUACAAUGCAAGUGAAUGGGUGCCAAAAUCAAGACACCCCAAAAAGCACAUAAAGGCACCAUAAAGUUAAUCCAUAUAACUCUGUUCACAUAAGACCGUGUUUUAAUCCAUGUCUUCAGAUGUGAUACGAUAGAAACAGGUUAAUUUUUGAAGUAAUUUUUGCUUGAAAUUCUUCUCCCUGCCCAGUAGGGGGCGAUAUGCAUGAAGAAUGUGAAUCACGGGAAUGUGAAAGUUUAAGUGGAGAUUGACUGAGCAAGGAGGAGAAUUUAUUGUAAAAAAGACUUCACUAUUGAUCUGUCUCUCACCCACACCUAUCAUGGCUUCUGAAGACAUUAAUUUAACCACUAGAGUCUUUUUGGUCCUUCAGAUAUCUGAUCACCAUUCACUUGCAUUGUAUGGACCAAAAGAGGUGAGAAAGGAUUCUUCAUUUGAGUUCAGCAGAAAAAAGAAAGUCAUACACAUCUGGGAUGGCAUGAAAGUGAAUACAUUUUUGGGCGAACUCCUUUAAAGUGAAUGUAGACUGAUGCGGUCAAGCCACAAAAAAGUGACAAAUAUCAUCCAAACACCUUCUGUACAAUACGCUUCAUAUAGAGGAAAGAAAUUCAUUCGGGGUUGGAACUACAUGAGGGUGUGUAAAUGAUGAAAGAUUCAAAUUUUUGGAUUAACUAUUUCUUUUAAUCAGUGUAACUCUUUAUUUGUGAAGCUGUUGUUGUUUUAUGCUGCUCCGUUUUUCCUAGAAAUAAUUGACCAAUGCAGUCUGGCUCUACAGUCGUGGAGGCCCAUUCCAAGCCUUAAGAGAUAUGAACGCAGACCACUGUAAAAGCUAUGUGGGUGGAUACAUCCACAACCAGCUAUGGCGUAGAUUGUGUAUGGUUUACAUCAGGGGUCGGCAACCUAUGGCACGCAUGCCAGCAUUGGCACACGGAUGGGUAAUCACUGGCAUGGCAGCAACAGCGAGAGGAGCAGACUAUUUUAUUUAUAUAAAUUCUGCACCUGCAUUCCAAUCUACAUCUUGAUGUAAUCCUUCCUCAUGAUCACGCAGCGUGUUUCUAUGAGCUGAAUGGGAGGCUAAACUAAAAAUUAAAAUGUGAUGAUGCAAUAAGAAAAACACCACUAUUAAUCCUUGAGAAUUCCAACCCAGUAUCCUUAAACCAUGGUCACACUCAAAAUGACUGCAAACAAUUAAAAUGGAAAACUGAAACCCCAAUCGUGGUAUUCAAAAAUCUUUUGAAGUCUAUUCAAAAUAUAAAUUAAACCUGUAAAUAAAGUUUUAGGAUUUUGCAGGUGCAUUUCUCUGAAAAGGGCUCAAUAGUUGAUGGGCUUGUGAUGUGUGAAUGGCUUGCACGAGUCUCGUCACACUUUAAUAGUGUUUAGUCUCCCAUUCAGCUGAUGAAAACAUGCUGCGUGAUCAUGAGGAAGGAUUACAUCAAGUUUGAAUGCAGGUGCAAAAAUCAAAUAGACUGCUCCUCUCUCGCUCUUGCUUGUGUGCUAGUGAUUACAUGAUUACAAUGACAUAAUAUAAGAAAUAUUUAAGAUUCCAAACAAUUUCGUGAUCAUCAAAUAAGCAAAAUUGUGUCAUUAACUGUUAACACAUUUUGUGCCAAAGGACAGGUUUUCUUUCAUUAAAGCACUUUCACAAGAUGCUCUUUGAAAAUUCACAUGCAAGAUUUUUCACAUGUGGGUUUUGCAAUUUUUCUCUCAAACUGUUAUACUGAUAAUAUAAUUUGUAAUAAUAAGCGAUUAAAAUAGAACAAUGCAAAAUAGGAAUAAUUUCGCCGGCACAGCCAUUGACCACGAAAAUCAAAAAAUGGCACUCCAUGUCAAAAAGUUUGCCGACCCCUGCUUUAUGUAAAUUGUUUUAGACUCAUCUGGUCUGAGAUAAAAAUGCAUUGUUUUUGCUUGUUUUUGUUAGAUUGAUUUAUAUAUAUAAGGACCCAAAAUAUGAAAGUGAGAAUGUAUGAGUCAAAUGACGAUGUUCUCAUUUGAUAUUGGCUCAAGGCACGUCGUCCAGCACUUACAGUAGUAGCUAAAUAGGUGCUGAUAUGUGUCAGACCUACGAUUGAGUUGUGCACACUUCCAUCACAUGGACAUAGUCAAUUGUUUAGUUGUUAGAAGCUAACAGUAGAGAAAUUGUAUUAACUUCUUAAAGCUAUGCAAAUCAAGCCUGUGCUCACAGUUCAUUCAAACACUUGAGAGAAUACUUGCAUUUUUAUAUUGUCUUCUGCUCUAGUUGACUUUUAUUGAUUGAAGUCGAGGUAUAUUUCUGGAAAAGAUACGUAGAUUAUUAGUAACUUUUAAAAGAAAAACAAAGACCUCCUUGGAUAGGUUCUGCUUCUAUCUAUGUCUGAUAAGUUUCUUUUUUCGUUGUGUUGUUGCCAAACUUGCAUAAGUUUCACCUUGUGUGCCAUUGGAGAAAAAGAGGAUGUUGUUGCUUUGUCUUAUUUUCUUACAUAAUGAAAUAAAAAACGUUU